AUGCAGGCAUGGUGGCGGUGGGCGUCGGCCGGAUGGAGCAAGGCAAUCCAGCUGUGGAAGCUGGUGUUUGCGGUGUCUUUGCAGAACGUCAGCGCCAUCCAGGUGGCGACGUACAAGCGCCUGGUGCUGAUCAGCCUUUUGGAGCACGGCAAAAAGCCGCGGCUGCCGUCGUUCUACCCGAAUGUGCACGUGCGCGACAUCGAGGCCGCGUCGGACGCCUAUGUGAGUCUGGCCGACGCCUAUGCCAACGACUCGACUCCUAUGGUUCUUCAGCGCCUCGCCUCGAUGAGCCGGCAACUAUCGGCCGACGAGAACGCGUCCCUGGCGCAGCGUGUCUUGCGGCGCCUGCCCUUGCACCAGAUCCGCAAGACCGCCGAUGUCUACGCCAGCAUGCGGCUGGUGCAGCUGGCCGAGAAAAUCGGCUUUGCCAGCCACCCGCUGGCCGACGGGCGGAAUGUCGUGCAGGCGCUGGCCGAGUAUAUUGCCGAGAUGCAGGACCCGGCAGUGCAGCUGCAGGGCGAUGUGGUGGUUGUCGGUUCCUGCCGAAACCAUGGCAUGGCCGGUGAUGCGCUGGAUAUCGAGGCCAGAUGGGCUGCAAAAAUUAAGGACAAGGUCGAGGAGACCGAGAGGCUGAGGAACAGGCUGGCGGAGCUGGACCAGCAUCUGGCGCUGACUGAGGACUGCAGCGGCAACUGUACUUGCUGGGAUACUCACAGCCCCUGCCAGCUGACGCUUCUCGCCGACCUGCAAGUCUCGCUAUCCCGCGUCAAGGAGCUAGAAGCUGGACAGAGCCUGCUGGAGCGCAAUGACCGGGUCAGCCGCGCCGGCAUAGAGAAGCACAAAGCUGACAUACAUAUUUUGCGCACGGAAAACAACCAGCUGCGCGCCGAGGUGCUCAACUACACCAAGCAGCUGGAUGAUGCGCAGCGCUCGGCCCGCCAGGCACUCCACGAUGCGAACAGACAAAAGGACGACGUGGAAAUCGCCAACCUCAGGCUCAAGUCAGAGCACGCCAGGGUCAUGCGGCAGCUGGACGAUACGAAGAAGAAGCUGGAGGCGGCCACCAACGACCCAGCCAGCAAGAUCCCGGUGGCAAAGAAGCUGCAGCCGGCUGUGGAGAUUGUCGAAUUGAGCACGCAGAGAAUCGCCUCGCUGGAGGAGGAGCUGGGGAAGUCGGAGCGCAAGCUCGAGUCCAUCGAGUCGGAAUUGUCAGCAGCCAAGCUGGAGAUAAGCGAGCGCGACCUCGAGAUCAUGCGGCUCAACAGCGAGUACGCCAAGCUCGACGUCCAUGGCGAUGAGCCCGAGAUGCGCCUGGCCGACCAGAUCGAGUACUUGCACGAGCGCAUCGAGACACUGGAGAAGGAGAAUCGCCAAGCUGAAGGCAGACUUGGAGAGCCAGCAGCAGCAGAUGCAGAGCAGGUGGAUGAGCACCGAGAACGACCGCACGAAGUCCAGCGGCUGCGCACCGAAUGCGAAAACGUAAAGUCUCUGUAUGCGCAGACCCGCGACCAGCUGCAGGAGCUUUUGCGGUCCGGCUCGUCCGAGGCCAAACAGACCGAGCAAGCCUUGCAAAGGCAGCUGGAUCGCGCUCAGUCACGGAUCACGCAACUGGAGUCAGAAGCCCUGAGCAUGCAGGCUGACCUGCAGCCGGCCCGGGACCGCACCAAGCAGAUCGCGCAAGUUGCAGAAGCAGCUGGAGCAAGCAGCGCGGAGAGAUGCAGCCGCAAGGCGCAAAAGGCGGUCGACGAGCAGAAGGCGCAGUACAAUGGCACAUGGAACGAGUACACAGAGCUGGUCAAGCAGCACCGCGAGCUCGACCGCAGCCUGAAGCAGGCCAUGGCUGAGGUCGGCGAGCAGCGGGCAAAGGCCGACGGCAUGGAGCACAAAGCUGACCGAGACCAUGCGGCGGCUGGACGACGCUGGAGCUCAAAGCCAGCCGGCAAGCACUGGAAACCAGCACAAAUGACCUGGCCAGUCUGCGCGCAGUGCAAGGCUAGCCAUGAGCAUAGAGUAGGGCAGGUGCGCGAGGAGCGGGAGCAGGCAGAGAAGCUGCGGCGGGCGGUGGAGAUGGCCAAGGAGGAGUACAAACGACGGCUCAGCAAGGCACUGGAGGAAGGGGAGCGGGAUAAGGAGCGGGCCAGGCAUCUGCGCGCUGAGCGCGAUGGCCUCAGAGUGCAGGUCACGGCGCAGCUGCAUUUAAGGCAGCGCCUGGAGCAGCGUCCUGGAGAUGCUGGAUCCAGGAUUUUGCCGCCGAGGCUGCCAUGA